AUGAAGGCCUCCGUCGUCACCCUCGCUCUCUUCGGCGCUGCUGCCAUCGCCAACCCUGUCGCUGUCGAGAAGCGCGAGAUCGAGCCCCGUGCCCUCAACCUGGUCCCUGCGCUCACCAAUAUCCCCGGCGCCGCUGGCCUUGGCCCCCUGGGUAACAUCGCCAUCAUCAGCACUAUUCUCAACGCUGCGGAUGCCUUCGCUGCCUUUACUACUCUCACCCAAACCAUCCUCAACACCAUUGCCACCCUUCGCGCGGGUGUUCCCGGCAACACCCUGCCUCCCGUCACCGCCAUUACUGGCGUCACCGGCCUCGUCAACCCUGUCUCCGCCCUUCCUGCGGGCACCAACCUCACUCCUGAACAGAUCUUUGCCCUGGCCACCAGCCUUCAGUACCAACUUGGCAACCUGACUCUCCUUACCUCCAACCUGCCCACCGGCAGCCUUCUGGGCGGCGGACUCAGCGCCCCACAGCUCGGCUCUAUCCAGAGCGGUCUCGGUGGCCUCAACACCCUCCUCGGACCCGUCCUCAACCCCACCGGUCUCCUGUCCAACCUUGGUAACCUCGGUGGUGCCACCGGCGCCGUCUCCAACAUUGCACCGCUCCAGGCUCUGCUCGCCGCUAUCCCCACCAUCCUCGGCGUCGUCACCGGCCUCCUCAGCCUCCUCGGCGGUCUCGGCGGUCUCGUUGGCGGCAGCAGCGGUGGUCUCCUCGGCGGUGGCAUCGGCCUCUAA